AUGUCCUCAAAUAUUCAAUUUCAAGAAAAUAUUAAAAAAGAUACUUCGUUUGAUUAUCCAUCACCAAAUUCACCAUCAAUCUCAAAAAACCAAACAAAAGAAUCAUCAAUUGAGGUUAAAGUUCCUCAACAACAUAAUUUUACAAAAAUUGGAAUUUUUAGACCUGCUAAAUUUAGUAGACAUAUCUUUAAACAAUUAGAAAAUUUACAAAUUUCUAAAACUCAAUUUUUUAAAGAUUUAAAAAAACAAUCAGAAUCAGAAAACCAAACUGUAUUAGAAAAUCAAUGCAAAGAUAAUAUUGACUUAUCUUAUAACUUACAAUUCAAAUAUUUUACUGAUUUUCUUCAUGCUUUUCAUCCAAGUAGGGAUCCAAUUGCUAUUGCUAAUGCUUUAGACAAAAAUGCGUCAUUACAAUUAGAAUAUUUUAAUGAUUUUAUUGAUGCUUUCAAUCAAUACAAUGACGCUAAUAUCAUCAAAAUUAAGGAAUACUCGCAAUAUCAAUAUUUCAAUGAAUUUAUUCAUGUUUUUACUAAUAAAAGUAUUUCCAACACCAAAGAAGAUUUACCUUACCAAUAUUUUAAAGAUUUUAUUCAGUUUUUUAACCAAUCUUCUGAUUUAAUUUUCAUUAAUAAUAAUAAAGAAGAUUUACAAUAUCAUUAUUUCAAUGAAUUUAUUCAUGUUUUUGCUCAAAGUACUGAUCCAACUACAACUACUUCAUCAUCAUCAUCAACUACAAAUUUAAACAAUACUCAAAAAAUGGAUAAAGUUAUUCAAUUCAUUUAUAACCCGAAUAAACCUGAUCAAAAAAAAUUAGGUAAAUUAGAAAAAUUCAAAAACUUCAUUAGAUAUGGUACUACUAAAGGGAAAGAAACUCAAGAUAUUCCAAAACAUGUAGAAAAAUACGUUUUAAAUAAAAUAAAAAUUGCAAAAACAACCAAUAAUAAAAUUGAUAUUUCAUCAAUCUCAGAAACUUUGAAACAAGAGCAAUUAACUCAAGAAGAGUUAGAUUUAUGUUUAUAUAAGAUAUAUUCAAGUGGUUGUAAAAAAUCAUUACAUUCAAAAUUAAAAUUAUUUAAAAAAAAUAAAAACAGAAAAGAACCUCCAAUUAAAGGAUGUUUAAAAAAUAAAGAAAAUCAAAAUCAAAAUCUUGAACAAGAAGCAAAAGCUUGUGAAGAAGCAGAUUCACAAACAAUAGAAAAGUUUAUGUCUGAAUUAGUUUAUCGUGAAAAUAGAGGAUUAGAUCCAAUUUACAAAAGAAAUAUUAAAAACACUCAAUUGCAACAAGUUCAAAAUUACUAUGGUGACAACGUUGAGGUGUAUUUAGAACAAUAA